AUGCCCGCCGGCGUGUCCUGGCCCGUCUACCUGCGCACGCUGGGCGCCAGCCUGCUCGCCAUGUUCGCGGGCGCCGAGGUCGUGCACAGAUACUACAGGCCGGACCUCACAAUACCUGAAAUACCUCCUAAACCCGGAGAACUGAGAACAGAACUGCUGGGUUUAAAAGAAAGAUCAAGACAAGUUCAAACUUCACAGCACUGAUCACAAUUUAAGUUGUGAAGACAAACUGUUAA